CUAUCCACGCAUUUUAUAUCAAAAACAAUUAUCUAUAAUAAUUAUCCCGAAAGAAGCAUUUGAAGUAUAUAAAACUUACUGAAAGAAUUAGUCUUCUAUUGGAAUAAAUCUCUUUGAAAUAAAAUGCUGCGACCGAUUUCCAAGAUUAGCUGUCAGUUAACGUUGAUUAAAAAAUCCAAGGAAUUCAUCAGGACCAAAGUAGUUGGUCCCAAUUCAAUUCUUAAACCGGCAGAAAAGCUCAAAUUAUACAAUAAAGAAAAUAAGGAACUGUUUGGGCCAUUACUAGAGACCAGCAAGCAAAAGAAACAGCGAUCUCAAAAAUCAGCUAAAAAUAGAAAUUCACAGCAAAACAACAGUGCGGCUUCAUCUAACGAGAAUUCGUCAAACUUAGAAAGUUCCAAGAAAAAUGAUGUUUUGACUAAUUUCUUUAGCCCAUUUCUCACAUUGGAAGUGUUUAAAAGGAAAAUGUGGCAGAACAGUAGAAAUUGUGUGAGUUUGCUUGGGGUUUUGAUCAAUAAUACAACAUGCAGAGGUCUCAAGACAUUUGUCCCGUCCAAUGCUGCUCGGAGUUCCCCAGCUGAGCCUGGAUAUGCGAGUGAAGAUAGAAUCCUUCAAAUCAAACAACAUCAAAAUGAUUUCACAAAGCAGUACCCAUCUGUUACCCUGAUAUUGAAUAAAACCAUGACAGAAGAAUCAAAAAAUGCUUUAGAGAAAUGGAAGCAGGAAAGAAUAGCUGAAAUGGGAUUAGAAGAAUUUAAUAGGUUUUAUGCAGCACAAAUGGCAGUUGGCACUAAAUUCCACUCCACAUUAAAGAAUUAUUUCACACAACCUCAAACACAGCUUCGCAUAGAGAAAGAUGUAGAAGGAGUGUGGGUCUCGGUUGCUGAUGUCCUCAAAAAUAUAUCUUCACCCAAGGCAAUAGAGUCCAAUGUGGUCCAUCCUCUGCUAAAAUAUAGAGGGAUAUUUGAUGCCAUUGCAGAUUAUGAAGACAAACCUACUCUAAUCGAGUGGAAGAAGUCCGACAAACCUCGAAAAUCGAUACUAUUGACUUACGACAACCCCGUGCAGUUGGCUGCCUACUUCGGAGCAGUGUGCAACGAUCUGAACUACAAACAUUUGAACGUACGAGACGCACUGCUGGUGAUCGCCUACACUGACGGAUCCAAGGCCGAUGCUUACCACCUCUCUACUGACAAACUGAGAGAGCAUUGGGCUCAAUGGCUAAUCAGAUUGGAGCAGUUCAUAAAGACUCACGGCGAUGAUCCGGAGAAAAUACUUAAAGGUGGAAAGCGUUUGUUCGAAGAAGACAUAGGGAAUCUCCAAUAAAAUGUGCGGAGUGUUGCUGUUCUAUGAAGUUCCAGAAAAAACUCACGGUGAACAAAGUGUUAAUGAUCUAUUUUUUCAACAAUGUGUAAGAAAUAUUUAUUAUGGUUUUAAAGCUAUUGAUAUAUAAUUGCACAUGGAUCUGCCUUAGAUAAGAUGAAGUCAGUUAAUAAAGGAGUUUUUACAAAUGAAUCUGUAACAUAAAAUCUAACAGAGCAAUUUCAAUGAGUCGAAGACAUUUUCAAGAUAGUUUGACAACAUCUUAAGCAGCAGUAAGUGACAUUUGACAAAAUAUGAAAAUAUUUGGAAAGUAUUGAUUGUAUGUUACAGAAUCAACACGCUGUUUGGGAGCGGAUUAGGCGUUUGUUGACUUAAUACUGUAAAAAUAUACAACCAGAAAACACCAAAAUUGCAUUCAACAACAAUUAUAACCAAUUGUUUGUAAUUGUUACAGCCGU